ACAUUGUCUGCUUCGCGUAAUUCGCAGAGAAAUACUGCAGACGAUAUCAUUAAAAAGAAGAUGAAGAGUUGUCUGAUACUUCUACUGUGUUUGCCUUUGAUACUGGGGCAACUAUUUUUUGGACCGUGUCCUAAGUUGCAAGAAUUUGUGCAAGACUUGGAUUACAAUAAAUAUUCUGGGAAAUGGUACGUAGUAGCGCAGAGCCGGCGUCAUCCUAUGCGAGCACUGGAAUGCCAGACGGUUAAUUACACUCAGAAUAGUAAUGACUUGGACAUAGAGUACAAUACGGCCAAGAAAUAUUUGCAUAUGAAAAAUUUUGAUAGUGGAUCACUGAAAAGAGAAUCUGGAAAAUCAUCUGGAGAACUCUCUCUAUUCCUGUCGCAUUUUCCACAAAGAGUUGCAGUUUCGUGUAUUAAAAGCAAAUUACAGCGAAUUUGCAGUUGAAUAUGUCUGUUUACCAGGAGUUUUCAAUUAUACAUCUUCUGUAACAUUGUUACAUCGCAAGCCUCAAGCAACUCUUCAGGACUUAGAACUGGCUCUUCGACCACUCAAUAUACAGAAAUAUGUUAAUCCCCAUAUAGGAAAUCCCUUAAUUCCAGUGAAUCACACUAACUGCAAUGAGUAAAAAAGAAUAUUGUAAUAAUUUUUAAUUAAAAUUCUAGUCAAAUAAAAGCUUAGUAUGUAGAUAAACAUUUUGUUAGUAAAACUUAAUGCUUAAAUAUGAUCUAGCUGGGUUUGUAUUCUGCCCUUUCAUACUGCAGGUGUUGGGUCUCACCAUGUAAUUUCUGAUAAACAAUGUUAUGUCUCUCUUUCAAUCUUGUGAGCCAUCGAUCAAUUAAUUGAUGAAAAAUUUUCUCCUAGCAUUUGAGCAAAUUCUACAGUUUUAGUGGUCAAACGGGAUCUAGAAAUUGGAACAAUUUUUAGUCUUAUAUUUGAAAUAGUUCUGGAAGAGAGGUUUCAACAACUCUUGAUUUUCAAUUCCUUUUGCACUUUCUUGAGAUAUUUGCAUUUUUUACUAGUUUUAUUUCUUUAAGUAAACUGCACAAUGCUGUUUGGGAAAUUCCCAUUUUAAAUCCUGUCUCUUAUACUGCAUUUACAUCUUUCAGCAAUUUAUUCGUUUCAUUCAGGCUUCAAUCAUUUCAUUUAGGAAUUUUCGACAUGUUACAAAUCAUGCACAUAGAAAAUAAGAAAAAAUAAAAUAACAAAAAAUUUUUUCCAGUGUUUUGCUCAAAUCCAAAUUUCCCAUUUCUAGCCAGAAGAUUAAAUUGAUCUGUUACUUCAUGGCUAAUCAAUGCUUUCUGUUUUCUUCAGUCUGCAAUGACCACUCCUCUUUUGUAAACAAAGACUGAUAAUCUAAGAUAAUGCAAGGAAGCAUUUCAUGAUGUUUUUUGUAACGUGUGUACACACUGCCAUUCCCUGUCAGCUAGUGUUCGAGGAAGUAGAGCCACUGCUCAUCUUUUCUUUAAUACUGGGAAACACAAAUUUAAAAUCUUGAACAUAUAAGAACUUGUUUCCAAUGCCUAUAGAGGACUGCUUUUGUUAAUCAUAAGAUAAAAGUAUUCUGCUACUAUUAGCUCUAGUCCUGACAAUGAGAUUUACAAAUAGUGUCUGACAAGGACUAGGGAAGACUAACAAACACCCUAGGGGAUCUUGGCUGUAAUAAAAGUAGACAAAAUUUCUGCUAA